CUCAGAGAUCUUGUAAAAUAGAGUAAACGGAAAUCAGAUCAGAUAUGCCGCAGAUCUGGCCGGUAACAAAACAGUCGAUGAAACCGAGACUCUCCAUUGUCCACUCUCCAACCAAUGAAGCAGACGACGACAACACUGACAACAAGGCUACCGUCAACGACAAUAACGACAACAACAACAAGGAUCAUGGAUGCUCUCCAGGUUCAGAAAGAGAGUCUUGUGGUCACCCAACACACUAGCUUCCGGGGAUAACACCAUGGGCACUUGAUGUAUGCACUCUGCCGAAGACAAUGAUGGAACGCUGAAACGUAGAACACGGACCGGAGAUGGGUAGCGUGACGGAUGAUGGGCAAAAGGACCGAUGAGGGGUUGAGGAGGUCUGAUCACGGAUUCGAGAUGGCGCGCACAGAUGUGUUGUUUAGUG